AAAUAACAUUUUUCUUCUCAUGAAACCAAGAAACAUUGCCUAUUUUCUCUAACCACAAGGAAGCCAUAAAGUUUCAAUGACAUUGAACUUUGCCAUAGGAAGCAAGAAUUUUUGUGGCAUCCGCAAAUUGCUGCAGAAAAAUUAUUUGCUUAAAUAAAAAACAAAUAAAAACUGGAGGCACUGAACUGCGAUUUAGAAAAUGUCUCUUAAUUUGAACAAUGGGUCAAACCAUCGUGAUUACGGUGCUACCACGAGCAGCACUAGUGCCGUAAUUGCAACUUUACCUGACGUUAAUUUUUCCGGAUUCAGUCCUACAGAAUUUAUGUCCCUUAGUGAGGAUAUUGCGCAUAAUAUAAAUGCUGUCAACUCCAGCUGGAAGCAGUUGGAGAAGAUUCUUAAGGCGAUUGGAACUCCACGCGAUCAACAAAGUAUGAGGGAUAAAGUGCAUAAUAUACAUUUGAAGACAAACAGUCGCAUCGAAGUAACAAGUAAGGAUCUGGAACGGUUAACAUCUAUUGUUCGUCGCGGAGACAAGCAGCAGAAACUGCAGCUAGAGAAAUUAACUAACGAUUUUCGUUCUGUGGUUGAGAAAUACUCUGCCGUGCAAUAUAGCCUGGUUGCAGCUAUGAGACAGACGUAUUCUCAAACACAAUUAUCGCAGAUGCAAGACGAUAGUGCACUUUCUGAGCAGGCUGAACUAUUGCAACGACAAAGAGAUGUGCAAGCUGGGCUUCAAUUUGAACAUGAUAUAAUGGUAAUUCGGGAGCGUGAAAUUAAACGAAUAGAGUCUGAUAUUUUGGAUGUUAAUGCCAUAAUGCUAUCAAUAAAUAAAAUUGCACAACAACAAGGCGAGCAAGUGGAUCGUAUUGAAACCAGUAUUGAGAACGCUGCUACCGAAGUCGAACUUGGACGGGAUGAGCUUAUGAAGGCCUCAGAGCGACGUCAAAGUUAUCGGCGUAAAAUAUUAAUAAUUUUAGUAAUUGCUGUGAUAAUAGGUUUAAUUGUAACUGGCAUUAUUGUUGGACAACUAAAGGGUUAAGUUAUUUUAUAUUUUGCUAAAACGCUUAAGUGCUGUAAGGGCAAAUUGUUUUUUACUCAUAGUUAUAGCAUAUACAUACAAGAAUACACGAAACCAUUAUCAAAAGACAAA